UGAUUAUGAUGGUAAACAAUUUCAUUUCCUUCCUAUUGAUGUUGACGAGUCUACUGAAUAUGGAACUGGCGAAUACAUAUUGAGAUUACAUGGAAUUUUGACGAAUGGUCGAAAAUUAAGAGUGGAUGUAUGUGGAAUCAAGCCAUUUUUUGAUAUUCUUGUAGAUGAAAUUGACGCAAAUCAAUUGGUGUCAGAAAUUGAGUAUGACUCAUACGAAUUGAUUCAAGCAAAACCGAUUAUGUCAUUUUAUGUGGACAUGAGAAGAUUCUUUCGCUUUUAUUUUAAGAAUCAUAUUAUUCGAUUGGAACAGUUGAGAAGAGUAAAGGAUAGAUAUUUAACAUAUUCCAAUGAUCUCACGUUUCAUUAUCGCAAGAUUACAAGGGAAUGUGAGUUAGAUGUGACACAAUGGCAGGUGGUUAAUUCAAGCGGAUUGAUAUAUGGAGACAACAAAUAUCGAAAGGUGUUAAGAGUUUAUCGUGACCAAAUAGUUGAAA